AUGCCUAGUAAUGAAACUUUUGAGUUUUUAGUUAAAAUUGAACCUAUUUUGGAUUCAAAUUUGCCUACUUUAGAUUUGUCUACUUCAGAUUUGCCUAUUUCUAUUUCAGAUUUGUCUACUACUUCAGAAUUAUCUACUACAGUCUUGCUUAUUUUGAAUCUGUUUAUUAAAGAUAAAGCAUUUAUUAAUCAUCAAUUGCUUAAGACAAUAAUUUUAUCUAAUGCUUCAUUAUCAUUUGUGGAAAUUAGUACAGAUAUUUUAGAUAAUGUAUAUGAAAAUGUGCAACGUGGUAAUAAUAUAUUUGCAAUAUACAAAGAAAUUGGAAUAAGUUUUGAUGAUAAAUGGAUUGUAUUUAUUUUGAAUAGUAGACCUGAUUUUAAAAAAGCACAAUGUCUUAUGCAAGAGUUAGUUAGUAGUGUAAUGUUAAAACCUCAAUAUUCAUAUAUUACACAUUGGGCAACAUUUACAAAAGCAUCUAAAAUAAUAUUACAAGUUCAGAAAAGUUUAAAGGUUAUUGCACUUAUGCAUUCAUCUUAUCUAAAUUCAUAUUUACAAGAAAAUAAUAUAGUUAAUACUAUUAACAAUCAUAAAUUUUAG